UAAUAUACAGACGAACACAGGCCCACUGACGCUCAGACAUGGCUGGAAAAAGAGCUUUAGUGAUUUUGGCGAAGGGUGCUGAGGAGAUGGAGACUGUGAUCCCUGUGGAUGUCAUGCGCAGAGCUGGGAUUGCUGUUACUGUGGCGGGUUUGACAGGUAAAGAACCUGUGCAAUGCAGCCGUGAUGUCAUGAUCUGUCCUGAUUCAAGCCUCGAGGAUGCUCGGAAACAGGGUCCAUAUGAUGUCGUUCUGCUCCCUGGAGGUUUGCUUGGAGCUCAGAACCUUUCUGAGUCUCCGGCAGUGAAAGAAGUGUUGAAGGACCAAGAGGGCAGGAAGGGUCUGAUCGCUGCAAUCUGUGCAGGCCCAACCGCGCUGUUGGCUCAUGGUAUUGCAUAUGGCAGCACAGUUACUACCCAUCCGGGUGCCAAGGACAAGAUGAUGGCUGGCGAUCAUUAUAAAUAUUCAGAAGCUCGUGUUCAGAAGGAUGGCAACGUGAUCACCAGCAGAGGGCCAGGAACCAGCUUUGAGUUCGCAUUGACUAUAGUUGAAGAGCUCAUGGGUGCAGAGAUUGCUGCCCAAGUUAAAGCUCCACUAAUCCUGAAGGACUGAACUUCAAACUGUAAAAAUCUGCACAUCUUAAAAUUGCACUCAACAAUCUUCUCCAAUGUUAAACUAAAUUGUUUAAAGUUGUUCUAGCAUAAAAUGUGAACAUUUUGCUUGACAAGUAAAUGCACACUGCGUCAGUCAAGGUGAUAGCUUUCUAUGACGUCACAUGUUCUGAAUAAACUAGUAAACCAAAUAA